AUGUGUGCAGCAAUCGAACCCCGAAAAGCAUCCAAGCAGACUCGUUGCAUUAAUAGCGCUGGGCCACACUCCUCCGAUGUUGGAUGUACAAUACAAGGUGCUAUACGUACCGAAGAGCAGAAGUUUUCUGCUUGUGGACGGCUUUUUCUUUGUUGGUGCACCGCGGAGGACGAUGGUUGCGGUGCAGGUGAGACGACGAGGGCUGAGCAUGGCACCAAAGCCAGCACGGUGGUGCAGUUCAACAAUCUUUCACGGAGUUAUUUUAAUGACUGGGAAACGUUUGCGGAAGGCUUGUCGUGGGGGAUUAUUUACGUGCAGCAUGAGGGCAGUACGGCAAUAAACGCAUGGCAGCAAUGUGUUGUUGUCGCGCACGCAAAUGCAACGGGCAGCAAUGAGCGUGAGGACCCUCAGGCCAUUGCGGCAUUUUGA